AUGCAGCGUUUCCAUGGCAGAUUCACAGCCUAUGCGUCGGAUCGGGAGGCACGGGCGCUGACCACAGGAUCUGAUGAAUGCAUCAUUGUUGAUUUGUAUGCCGGUGUUUCCAUUGAAGAAAACCUGGAAAAGUGUUAUAAAAACCAGCAGAUCCGUUCAUUAGUCUAUAAAUUGCCUCUUUAUGACGGCAUGCUGCCUCUUUUCCGCCGUUUUGCACUUCUUUCUUGUUUCCACUUCACAGCGUCAGAGAUGCGAUCCGAUAUACCCCUCCUCGAUAGCGCUAAAGACCUAAGUUUUCCUCCUCCGCCUCCUGCGCCUUCUUCAUCAGAUACACCGGAGAGCUCUAACAGCGCACCAAGCGGUAGCCCGAGCAACAGUGCAGAGACCAGCAACAAAGACACAGAUCCAUUAGAUGAUUGGCCUACAGAGUUUAGCUCAGAUGAAGCAGAAGAUGAAGAAAAAACAAAUAGACGGCCUCUCGGUAUCCCCCCUCUUAUGCCGCUACCCCUUGGCGGAGGGGCUGCACGUACAGUGCGUUUCGGUGGAUCUCUGAUGCCUCCGCUUGUGCUUGAGGCAGCAAAUGCUCGCGAAGUAUCGCAUGCAGCUCGUGAAGCAGGGUCAGCAGCAACAAAAGAAGCAACAGCAAAAUCAGCAGCAACAAACGCAGCAGCAACUAAAGCAGCUACAAAAGCAGUCGCAGGUGUUGCUGCUGCUGCUGUUAGAGCGCGUCGAACCCUAAAUACUUCUUCUCCUGCUGCACAACAAGAAAAAAAUAAUGAAGAUAAUAGUAAGUCUUAA